CGCACGAAGACUCGUGUUAACAUUGGCGUGCGCAUUCCAAGGUGCAUCCUAUGAGCACGUUGGGUAGGAAGCGUAACUCGAGGCUGCCUUGUGAGAUGUGGAUACUGUAUGGCUGAGCGAUCACCGUCCAAUCGUUGGCUUCUGGCCGAACGCCAGAAUCUGUCGCAAGGCGUCACGUCCUGGAUAGUACGCGACGAUAGGCAGUCUGGCAACUUGGGAGCACAGCCACUUGUUCACUUAUGGUCGCAAACACCAGCAAUGGGCAACGGAAAGGGCCCUCCAAAGAAACAAGACGCAGUGUCCGCGUACUGUCUCGUCCAGGAAGGCACCAUGCGCCAGUCCCUACCGAAGGUCUCGCUCUCGAAAACGCCUUCCAACGGCUCGGAAGACGGCCUCCUCUAUUGUGCCACACUAUCUGUGUAUGCCAGGAAUAAGAAAAGGCCAAGAAGAUGCUUUGUAUGCAUUGGCUAUGCCUGUGGUCUUCUCCCGGAUGAUCCUUGGGCCAAUAUACUUACCCGCAGUCGUCGUGGCUAAGUCCGGCUGUGGCGUGUAUACCCAGGCAGGCGUCACACCUUCGCCUAGCUACAAAUCCAACAUCUGGCCACAAAGGCCGAAGAUGGAGCUCAAACAAUUAUGAUGCCUGGGUAAGCUUGUCGGCAAGGGCUCCACUAGGUGGUCGACGUCGAAUGCCCAGGAUUUUGAUCUAGGCCCGCCAAGGAUUCACAGAGCGAAA